AUGUAAACUCAUGAUGAAAACAUGGACGAUUAUGUCACUCAAGAAUAGGAACACGAAGGUCAAUAAGUUCAGGUUAAGGACAAUAAGGCCGUAAAUGUUUCCGAAAAAUAAAUGAUAUAAUCCGACUAAGUCUCAUCAUAAUCUAAAGAAAAUCAGUACUCAAUAGGAAAGUUAUUCAAACAAUCUAUGGACAUAAUCGAAGAUAACUAAAACCUAUAAAGAUAAUAAGUCAACACAAGUUUAGCGAUUUCUUCUGAUAUGGAAGACUUUAAAACACCAUAAGAAAGUCCAGCAGUCGAACUAAUAGAAGAUGGAAAAGCUACUCUUAAUUAAAAUAUUAUAAGGACAUACUAACAAAUAAAGGAGAUCUAAGAGGAAAUUCAAAAAUCCAGUAUUUACACACUUUAUGGUAUGAAUGUUGCUGAAGUAAAUUAUGUGGACUUCGUUCUUUCUUUUUGA